GCGGGAGCCAGAGAGGCGGUGGCGGCGGCCCAGGAAGGAGCAGCAGCGCCCGGGUUCUUGCUCUUGCAGAACUCCCAAGAUCUCAUAAAGAAAUUUGUAGUCAGAACUUUAUGCUGCAUUUUUAUUCAGGAAAGAAGCAGGAAGAGAAGAGUGUCAUUUCCUAGGAAUCCAGCACUGGAGAAACGAGAACAAUUCUUCCAAGGAUGGUCUCCCAUUCAGAGCUGAGGAAACUUUUCUGUUCAGCUGAUGCAGUAUGCUUUGAUGUUGAUAGCACAGUCAUCAGAGAAGAAGGAAUUGAUGAGCUAGCCAAAUUCUGUGGAGUUGAGGAUGCUGUGUCAGAAAUGACACGGCGAGCCAUGGGUGGGUCAGUGCCUUUCAAGGCUGCCCUCACAGAGCGCUUAGCGCUGAUCCAGCCCUCCAGGGAACAGGUACAAAGGCUCAUAGCAGAGCACCCCCCCCACCUGACUCCUGGCAUAAGGGAGCUGGUAAGUCGCCUGCAAGAGCGAAAUGUUCAGGUUUUCCUAAUAUCUGGUGGCUUUAGGAGCAUUGUGGAGCAUGUUGCUUCCAAGCUCAAUAUCCCAUCAACCAACGUAUUUGCCAAUAGGCUGAAAUUCUACUUCAAUGGUGAAUAUGCAGGUUUUGAUGAGAUGCAGCCAACAGCCGAAUCUGGUGGGAAAGGAAAAGUUAUUAAACUUUUAAAGGAAAAAUUUCAUUUUAAGAAAAUUAUCAUGAUUGGAGACGGAGCCACAGACAUGGAAGCCUGUCCUCCUGCUGAUGUUUUCAUUGGAUUUGGAGGAAAUGUGAUCAGACAACAAGUAAAAGACAACGCUGAAUGGUACAUCACUGAUUUUGUAGAGCUUUUAGGAGAACUUGAAGAAUAA